AUGGUGAUCAACAUGUUAAGCCGUACUUUCAAUCUCUUUUUCUUGAUUGCAACCUUGUGCAUCUUUAUGUGUGCAGGAAUUCCCAACAUGAAGAGUUGUGCUCAAACAGAUAAGCAGGCUCUUCUGAAGCUGAAAGCUGGUUCCAUUGAUGAUUAUGGAAUUCUUUCCUCAUGGAAAUAUGAAGUUGAUUGUUGUGAGUGGAAUGGGGUUUCUUGCAAUCCUUUGACAGGUCAUGUCACUAAGCUGCAUGUCUCAUUGAAUUAUUUAGGAUAUUUAGCAGGUAAAAUCGAUUCUUCACUAUGUGAUUUGCAACAUCUAACUCACUUGAAUCUCAGCUUUAACGAUUUUGGAGGAAAUGAAAUUCAAAAAUGCGUUGGUUCUCUUUACCAACUAAGAGAGUUGAUACUUAGCAAUGCCAAUCUCGGUGGUAUUAUCCCGCAUGAAUUGCGAAAUCUAUCUAAUCUUCAAACUCUAGACCUUGGGUUUAAUUAUGGUUUGAUUUCAACUGAUCUUGAGUGGAUUUCUAACGUUUCUUCUUUGAGACAUCUUGAUUUGUCACAAGUUAAUCUAAGUAAAGCUAUCAGUUGGCAGUCAUCUUUAUCAAGAAAAGCUCCUCAAUUAAGAAAGUUGAUACUUUCAGGUGCAGAUCUUGUUGGCAUUAUUCAUCAUCAACUACAAAAUCUAUCUAAUUUGGAAACUCUUGACCUUAGUGGAAACGAUUUGAUCAUGAAUGAUCUUAAGUGGAUUUCCCAACUUCCCUCUUUGAGGCAUCUUGAUUUGUCUCAUAUAAAUCUAAGUCAUGCUAUUGAUUGGCAAUCAUUAUUGUCAGAAGUUUCCUCUCUAUUUGAGCUUGACUUAACUGCAUGUGCUCUACCUCAGGUCAAUCCUAAAUCUUUGGUCCACAAUAAUUAUUCCACUCCUCUCACAAGCCUUAGCCUUAGCGCUAAUGACCUUGACGCUUCAAUCUUGUAUUGGGUGACUAAUAUUAGCAAAACCUUGGUAGAAAUUGAUCUCUCUUUGAAUUCUUUCCAAUAUAUUCCUGCUGGCUCAUUUUCAAAUAUGAAAUCUCUUAAAAUUCUAGAUCUCUCGUCAACAUCCUUGCAACAUGUUGCUUCAAGCGCCUUUACAAAUACCACUUCUCUUGAACACUUAGAUCUUUCCAAAAAUAAUCUUACCAAUGAUAUAGGGGAAGCCAUCUCUCAUUUAUGUCUAUUGCGUGAGUUGUUGUUAUCCUUCAACAAUUUAUCUGGUCCAUUAAGAGAUUGGGUGUCACAGUCGUAUUGUGCCAAACAUAGUAUAGAGGAAUUGGACUUAAGCGACAAUUCAUUUAGUAGUGGGCCAUUUCCUGAUGUUUCGAAAUUCUUAUCCUUGGUCUCACUAAAUCUUCACAAUACUAGUCUUAAUGGGCCAAUACCACAAUCACUUGGGCACUUACAUCAUCUUUCAGAUUUGGAUAUAAGUCAUAACAAUUUGAGUGGGCCAUUCCCAAAGCUUCAUGAACUUUCAUCAUUGUCAGCCUUAUAUAUGUCUGACAAUAAGUUCAAUGGUGUGGUCAAUGAAGUACAUCUAUCGACUUUAUCCAACUUGCGAAGUUUGGAUGUCUCUAACAAUUUCCUUUAUUUCAACUUUAGUUUCAAAUGGGUUCCACCUUUUCAAUUGGAUGAAUUUUAUGCGAGGUCAUGCAAUUUCAGCGUUGGCUUUCCAAUGUGGCUCAAGCAUCAAAGGGAGCUUUGGGCAUUGGACAUUUCUGAUGGCUCAAUUUCAGAUUCAAUUCCUGAAUGGAUAUGGCUAUUCCCGUAUUUGUCAUUUUUGAAUAUUUCGCAUAACCAAAUCUAUGGAGAAUUGCCAAAGUCGUUACCAAAAUCUGGAAUUGUCUGGGAUUUUAGCUUCAACAAUUUGUCAGGUGCCAUACCGCAAUUUUCACGACAAGUAACAUCCUUGUUUCUCUCAAAUAAUAUGUUCUCAGGCUCCAUAUCUUCUUUAUGUGCAACAUUGCAAUCUCGAUUACGUCAUCUUGACAUGUCAAGUAAUUUGCUAUCAGGAAAGCUUCCUCACUGUUGGAGUCAAUUUCCUUUCUUGGCAAUUUUGAUAUUGGCAAACAAUAAUUUCUCAGGGGCAAUACCAUCUUCGAUUGGUGCUUUGGAGUUUAUUGAAACUAUCCAUUUAAAUAACAAUAGCUUCUCUGGAAAGAUACCAUCUUUAAUGAACUCUCUACUUUUGGAGUUCAUUGAUUUUGGCCAGAAUAAUUUGUAUGGAGAGUUGCCGACAUGGAUUGGUCUUUACUUGCCAAAUUUGAUUGUUUUGCGUCUCCAAUCAAACCAGUUUCAAGGAAAUAUACCUACAAGUUUGUGCAAGUUAUCACUGCUUCAAAUUUUAGAUCUCUCACAAAAUAAUAUUACUGGGACAAUACCCCAUUGCCUCAGUGACUUGAGUGCUUUGUCAAAUUUACUACUUCCAAGGAAUACCAUUUCUUAUAUUGGAGACAUUUUUUAUUCUCAGUCUCAACGAUCAUCAGUUUUCAUUGAAUAUGCAAUGUUGAAUUGGAAAGGGAAAGUGGUGAAAUAUGACAAGAAUCUUUGGCUAAUGACAGCCAUUGAUCUCUCUGGUAAUCAUCUGACAGGAGAAAUUCCUCGUAGCCUAACAUCACUUGCGGCAUUGGCAUCCUUGAAUUUAUCGAGAAACAACCUGACAGGAUUCAUUCCUAAAAAUGUGGGUCAAAUGAAAAUGUUGGAAUCACUUGAUUUGUCAAGUAAUUUCCUUACUGGUGGAAUCCCAAAAAGCUUCUCGGCUUUGAAUUUUUUGAGUUUCUUGAACUUGUCUUUCAACUACUUAUCAGGAGAAAUUCCACAAACCACUCAACUUCAAACAUUUGAUGCUUCCAGUUACAUGGGAAAUCAUGGACUUUGUGGCCAGCCACUCACAAAAGGAUGCUCAAGAAAUAGUGACACUGAUCCAAAUCACAAGGCAAGUCUUAGUAAUGAUGCAAAUGAAAAAGAUGAACUCGUAACUUUUGGAUACUACAUCACCAUGGUUUUAGGAUUUCUUGUUGGAUUUUGGGGAGUUUGUGGAACUUUAAUCCUUAAAAGUUCAUGGAGAGUGGCUUAUUUUCAAUUCUUCACCAACAUGUAUGACUGGAUUUAUAUUCGCUUGGUGAUUUUCAAGGUCAAAAUUAAAAGGAGAUUCCAAGACUAA